AUGGGCAACAAUCCUUCAAAGGGCCCUUCCGGAGAUGCUCCGCCAAGUUCGGCCUCAUCGAAUUUAUCGGCUCCCGCAGGCGAUAAGAAGGUGAAUCGCCGGCCGUCAACCAACGCGAUCUCCGGAGCAGCAAAGGCAACUGCGGCCGACCCCUCGGCGUCUAUCGAGACAGCAACAGGACAGUCGGCCCCAGCACAUCAAACUCCAGUUCAGCAGCGCCUUCAAUCGCGCAAUAUUACAGACUCUUCUAAGGGUAAUUCCGAGCGACAGGACCGACAUGAUGCAAAGAAGGCAGAGCCUCACUACAGGGAUAUCCACUCACCGGAUCCUUCGAAUCCUGUGCAAGUACCAGUUUCUCGGUCUGCUGCCAGAAAUGAUGCGUCUGUAGCACCAUCUGGCCCACCUCUUAACACAUAUUAUAGUGCAUCCACCCACCUUCAACGUCCGCCUCGGAUGCCCCUACCCAUCGGCGAUGCGACGGCUACUCCAGGUUCACCGAUCAUCGGACCAGAGGACUCACAUAUCGGCUUUGUCUCGAGCGACCGUCCAUUGGGCGAACAAGCAAAUCAAGACAAUGCAGGCAUCACCAACACUGCAGUUGACGAUGAGGAGACGCUUGACGAGCUCGAACCAUAUACCCCGAGCGGUGUAGGCAGGGCUGUACCAACAUUUAUCGAAUGGAAUGGCCCCGGAGAAAAAGUAUACGUUACUGGAACCUUUGUGAAUUGGGAAAAGAAAUAUCGUCUGCACAGAAAUGAAAGUAAUCCAGGGAUCAUGUCCACAACGUUAAAUCUCCGUCCUGGUACACACCAUCUGAAGUUUAUUGUGGAUGGGGAAAUGCGGGCUUCAGAUAAUCUGCCGACUGCAGUCGAUUUUACGAAUCAUCUUGUCAACUACAUUGAGGUCAGCGCGGACGACGUCAACCGAUCGCGCAGGGGGAGUGAUAGAACGAACAAAAGUGCAGUUCCUUCAGGCGUUCAUCCUCCCCAGGUUAUUCCCAAUUUUACUGGGGACGACCGCAAUGGAGCCGAUGUCGAAGAUCAGUCGGACAAGGAAGAACCAGAGGAGAUUCCCUUGGGUGACUUCCAGACUAUUAUCCCCCAAUUUCUUGUCGAUCUUGACAAGGAUGAAGACAGUCCAGAAUACCAGCAAGCCGCUAAUGUGAUUGGUGAUACUCCUACGCCCCCAAGUCUUCCACUUUUCUUGGGUAAAUCGAUCCUGAACGGCACGACGCCGAUGAAAGAUGACAGCAGUGUUCUCAACUAUCCUAAUCAUACGGUACUCAAUCAUCUCGCAACGAGUAGCAUCAAAAAUGGCGUUCUGGCGACCAGUGUGACAACCAGAUACAAACGAAAGUAUGUCACAACGAUACUGUACAAGCCGACCAGCCACAUCACGGGCUAG